UCUUAUAUAAUUUUCCUGGAAGUACGAGAAAAAAUUUCAAAUUAAAGCAACUUAAUUUGGCCUCACUCACGCCAUAUCAUGGCGGUUGGUCAUGGCAUUUUCAGCUCUCGUAGACUUUGUCAUGUUCUGUAUUUUUAUCUUAUUCUUGGCAACCUAUCAACUUACACAUAUUUCCGUAAGUCUUUAUCAUGUAAUUCAACAGUUUUAUUAACCACAAUAGAAGCCAAUAUUGUGACAAUCAAGUGUUAUGGUAAACGGCGAAGAUCAACGGUCAAAACGCGACCGUUAACGAACCAAACGAUCAUUAUCAAAGGUACUCGUUUACUGCUACAUGCGUUUUUUGCUACUUUACUGUUGCAAUUAUCUGGCGAUGUUCACACUAAUCCUGGUCCAAUUACGGCGUCAAAACCUUACAUCGAAAAGAAACGAUGUUUGUUAUUUAAUGCACGCAGUCUGUGUAGCAUUAACAAGCAUGUGGACGGAACACUAGUAAGCAAUUUAUCUUCUUUCCAAAACAUGGUGUACGCGGAAAACCUGGACAUUGUGGCUGUUACCGAAACAUGGCUUAAAGACAGUAUUGCUGAUAAAGAAAUACUUCCGCACGGGUACGAUAUUCUGCGAAAAGAUCGUGCGUCGUUUAAACGUGGCGGUGGGGUCUUACUAGCACUUCGCAGCGAUAUUACUUACAACAGAAUAACAUUAGGACAAUGGUGCGAGAGAUUGGAAAUCAUUGCGAUUGAAAUAGUGGAAAAUGAUUCAAGAAAGAGCCUUGUUUCAGUCUGCUAUCGUCCACCUAACUGUGACGCUCACGAAUGGCUUGACUUGUUUUCGUCGUUCUUACAAGUUACAGAGAACUAUGACAGAGCAUUUAUUACUGGAGAUUUUAACUUUCCAGAUCUGACAUGGGACUCUCAUAUCAAAUCUAACAGUUAUGGAAAUGUCUCGGCUAAUUCUAAUGAUUUUCGUGAACUUAUGUGGGAUCUUUAUCUCCAACAAGUGAAUUUGUUUCCAACAAGGAUGAACAAUCUCAUUGAUCUAAUUUUUACCAAGUGUCCUGAAACUGUGUCUGACAUAUCAAAGGUCGCGGCGAGAGAAUUGAAUCUCUUUAGUGAUCAUGAUUUGGUUUUCUUCGACAUCUGUUUAAAUCCAAGAUCGUUAUUUUGUGAUAAUCGAACUGUUUUUAAUUAUCGUUUGGCCAAUUGGGACGGUUUGUUUCAAGAGCUUGCGCAACUCGGUUUUGCUGACGACAGUGGCGUAACCGUUGAUACACAGUUUGCAGUCGACACUAGCACAACUGCCAAUAUGAUUGACGUUGACGUCACUUGGCAACACUGGAGCGCACGAUUUUUAGAAACAGUUUCCCGCCAUAUACCAACUAAAACAAUCAGAAGGCGCAAUACUCCACCGUGGUUUGACAGCGAGGUGAGACAUCUAUUGAAAAAGAAAGAAACGGCCAGAAGAAAAGCAAAAUCAAGCGGGAGAACUUGUCAUCUAGAGAAAUACCGUGCACUCCGUCGUCUAGUUAAGCAAUUAAUCUCACGUAAGCGCAAUGAAUUUUUCCAGACUUUGCCCAAUUUAUUGAGAUCCAACCCUAAACAAUUUUGGUCAGUAUUCAAAACAGUUUCCAAUACAUCCACUGCUCCAAAUAAACUUGAGUGGACAAAUGACAAUGCUACAGCUACUGCUGAAAACCCCAAGGACAUCGCUGAUCUUCUGAAUAACUACUUCUACUCUAUGUUUAAACCACCAUUGACUGACGAAGAAUACGAACAACAUCCUCAUUCUCUUGAUGAUACAUUAUUAUGCGAGCCGUUAGAUAACAUCCGUUUCACUCCGCAAGAAGUGCAUAGAAUACUAACUUCUCUUGACAUCGAGAAAGCCACCGGUCCUGAUAAAAUCCCAGCGUUACUACUGUGUGCAUGUGCGCCACAUAUCGCUCCUUCUUUGUGCCACUUGUUUAACAAAUCCGUCUCUUUGGGAGAAUUUCCAACUGCCUGGAAACUAUCAAACAUCGUGCCAAUUCCCAAAGGAGGAUCCAGAAAAUCAGUCACCAACUAUCGCCCCAUAUCCUUGUUGCCAAUUGUUUCAAAAGUUCUCGAACGCUGUGUCCACAAGGAUCGAUCCUUGGACCACUGUUGUUCCUCAUUUACGUGAAUGACCUUCCCAACGUUGCCACGUCUUCAUCUUCGGCAAUGUUUGCGGAUGACACAAAGUGUUUCCACACCAUCGAACAUCACAAGGACGUGCAUGAUCUCCAAACUGAUCUCGACAACAUUUGUGAAUGGUGUGAUGUUUGGAGAAUGGAUUUAAACGGGGGGAAAUGCAGUCACCUUCGCAUCACAAGGAACUUAAACCCGAUUGAUUCGUCCUACAGUCUAAUGGGGACAGCAGUUAGGAACGUAACCACCCAGAAAGAUCUCGGAAUUCUCGUCCAGCACAGCCUCAAGUGGAAUGAUCAUGUGUCUGUUGUGUCGAGCAAAGCCAACAAGAUGUUAGGAUUCGUGAAAAGGUCUUGCCAUGGUAUGCAUGAUGUACGCGUGCGUAAGGCACUCUACACCAGUCUUGUACGUAGCCAUUUCGCCUACGCGUCUGAAGUUUGGGCUCCGCAAACAGUCACCCUAAUACAACAACUUGAGAAAGUUCAGCGUCGAGCUACCAAAUUCAUAUUAUCACUGCCAUUCCGGACCAAUAUUACGUACAAGGACAGGCUUUUGAAGAUCGGUCUGCUGCCCCUAACCUACUGGCACGAGUAUCUGGACAUCAUGUACCUAUUCCAACAUUCACAAGGUGACCCCAACAUCUGCACUAAACAAUCAGAACGCAUCACAAGACGAUCAGACACCACAGGUCGUUACACCACGUUUAAUAUACAUAAAGCAAACACGACAACCUUUCAGAACAGUUUCUACUGCAGAACCCCAAGAAUUUUCAAUGAAUUACCAGAACAUCUCCGCGACUCCAAACUCUCAAUCU